CCCCCCGCGCAGCAGAAGCAGGCCGCCAGAGGGGCCCGCCAGGCGCAGAGGGAACGCCAGACGCUCUCGGCCAUCCCCACGCUCGGCCUGCCGCCCGACAGCCACCACCACGGCCACGGAGCUGUGCGGGUCGUCCUCCGAGAGCCCAGGCUGGGCAGGGGACCCCCCAGAGCCCGGCAGAGCCAGCCGCGGCGCGGCACGCCGUCCUCCACCGCCGAGGCCGCCAGCGGGCGGUUGUGCGGGCGGGCGGCGCGGAGCCCCCGCGGCAGCGAGCCGCGUCGACUGGAG